AUGCUGUCCACAGGAAACAGUCUGAGGACAUGUGACUUCUAGGACAUUUUUAGAAUCCCAUAUGGACUUUUGCUCGUUCAGAACACAGAGGUCCCCAGCAGAGAGAGAACGUGACACAGAGUGCUCUCAAGGGGCCCCUCCGAGUGAUGGAGAGGGCACCCCCCAAGGAGAUGUCCAAUCUCUGAGUUUCGGUUUCCUCUUGUGUAAAUGGGGAUGUCAGUAGGCAGUCCUCUUGGCGGGGGAGCUUCUGAGGUCAAAUGAGGGGACGGCACAAGAAACAUACCGUAGCCGCACCAUAAAAUAUCAGCUCUCCCUGAGACAGCGGUGUCGUGCCUCACGAGGUGGUUGCCAGCUGACAGUGGCGAGGUCUAGCUGGGAUCCCUGGUGUGGCGAAGCGGGAAGUACUGUGAGGAGGAGGGCGUGGUUCCCCAGGACCUGGAGGAGGAAGGUGUAACCUGAAUCCCCACUUGGGAGCCAGAAACCAGCUGAGAAGAGGCCUCUGGAGAGAGACUGUCCUGGUCCUGGAGGGUGGAUGAAGUGCGGCCUCCGCACAGCUCAUCCCACUCAGCAGACUGGACUGAGUUCCUGACUUGUGCUGAAGGGCCUGGAACUGGAAACAGCAUGUACACACGCCUCCCCCAGAGUGGCUCCCCGUUCCCAGCCUCGGUGCAGGAUCCCGGCCUGCAUGUUUGGCGGGUGGAGAAACUGAAGCCAGUGCCCGUAGCACGUGAGAACCAGGGCGUCUUCUUCUCGGGGGACUCCUACCUCGUGCUGCACAAUGGUCCGGAGGAGCUCUCCCACCUGCACCUGUGGAUAGGCCAGCAGUCCUCCCGGGAUGAGCAGGGGGCCUGCGCUGUGCUGGCCGUGCAUCUCAACACCCUGCUUGGGGAGCGGCCCGUGCAACACCGAGAGGUGCAGGGCAAUGAGUCCGACCUCUUCAUGAGCUACUUCCCACGUGGCCUCAAGUACCAGGAAGGCGGAGUGGAGUCCGCAUUUCACAAGACCUCCCCAGGGGCCGCUCCAGCUGCCAUCAAGAAACUGUACCAGGUGAAGGGGAAGAAGAACAUCCGGGCCACUGAGCGGGCACUGAGCUGGGACAGCUUCAACACCGGGGACUGCUUCAUCCUGGACCUGGGCCAGAACAUCUUCGCCUGGUGUGGUGGAAAGUCCAACAUCCUGGAGCGCAACAAGGCCCGGGACCUGGCCCUGGCCAUCCGGGACAGUGAGCGGCAGGGCAAGGCCCAGGUGGAGAUUGUCACGGAUGGGGAAGAGCCCGCCGAGAUGAUCCAGGUCCUGGGCCCCAAGCCAGCUCUGAAGGAGGGCAACACUGAGGAAGAUCUCACAGCUGACCGGACAAACGCCCAGGCCGCGGCUCUGUAUAAGGUCUCUGAUGCCACCGGACAGAUGAACCUGACCAGGGUGGCCGACUCCAGUCCCUUUGCCCUUGAGCUGCUGCUGUCGGAUGACUGCUUCGUGCUGGACAACGGGCUCUGUGGCAAGAUCUACAUCUGGAAGGGGCGAAAAGCUAACGAGAAGGAGCGGCAGGCGGCUCUCCAAGUGGCCGAGGACUUCAUCUCCCGCAUGCGAUAUGCCCCCAACACUCAGGUGGAGAUUCUGCCCCAGGGCCGGGAGAGCCCCAUCUUCAAGCAAUUCUUCAAGGACUGGAAAUGAGGGGGGGCGCCCCCCGCCUCCUGCCCGCUUUCUUCUCCUCCGGCUGCCUGGCCCCUGCGGAGGUGGCCCCGAGGCUGUUCAAUAAAGGAGACAAGUGCUUUCCCCGC